ACCACCCUUUCUAGUCCAGUUUGUUCAGAGCCAAACGAGUGCAAACGAGAGAACGUGGUGUCACGCGUGAGGAUAUUUUUCGAAAUCUCUGACGAAAAUGGCUAUGCACAUACCGAAGGCGCCCGGCAUGGCGCAGAUGCUCAAGGAUGGAGCCCGCUACUUUUCUGGCCUCGAAGAAGCAGUCUAUAGAAAUAUCACAGCCUGCAAACAAUUUGCGGAUACUGUAAGGAGUGCAUAUGGUCCUAAUGGCAUGAAUAAGAUGGUCAUUAAUCAUAUUGAGAAGCUGUUUGUCACUAAUGAUGCAGUGACAAUUGUCAAUGAGUUAGAAGUUGAACAUCCAGCUGCCAAGUUAUUAGUCUUGGCAUCAAAAAUGCAGGAAGCUGAAGCAGGAGAUGGAACAAACUUUGUUAUUAUCUUCGCUGGAGAGCUGCUUCAUGCUGCAGAAGGAUUGCUUCGUUUGGGCAUUACAACUUCAGAGAUUAUUGAAGGUUACGAGAAUGUUUUGAACAAAGCACUUGAAAUCUUACCGACCCUAAUUGUUCACGAAGUGAAAGAUGUACGAAACGAGGAACAAGUGAGGAAGGGAAUCAGGAGUACUAUUAUGAGUAAACAGUAUGGAAAUGAAGAUGUCCUUGCUCAUCUUGUCACUAAAGCUUGCAUCUCCAUUUUACCGGAAAAAACGACAUUUAACGUCGAUAAUGUACGAGUUUGUAAGAUACUCGGAGGCGGUUUGGGCAACUCUCAAGUGAUGCAAGGUAUGGUAUUCAAGCGUCAAGUGGAGGGAGAUGUUACGAAGAAAAUCUGUGCAAACAUUGCGGUUUACACCUGUGCUGUUGAUAUCAUUCAAACCGAGACCAAAGGCACCGUAUUGAUUAAAUCGGCCGACGAGCUGUUGAAAUUUUCGCGCGGCGAAGAAUCGCUACUGGAAAAUCAGAUCAAAGCGAUCGCCGAUAGCGGCGCCAAUGUGGUGGUGUCCGGUGGAAAAUUCGGCAGCAUGGCCCUUCACUACAUGAACAAGUAUAACUUGAUGGCCGUUCGUAUUCCGAGCAAAUUCGACGUCAGACGACUAUGCAAGACCGUUGGUGCCACCGCGCUCUCUAAGCUGGUGCCUCCAUCGAAAGAAGAGUUAGGAUAUGCUGAUUCGGUGUACAUAGAUGAAUUAGGCGACACCAUAGUAGUAGUAUUUAAACUGGAGGGAUGUGAGAGCCGUGUUAGCACCGUAAUUGUGCGUGGUUCGACCGAGAAUUAUAUGGACGACAUCGAACGCGCGAUUGAUGAUGGUGUCAAUACCUUCAAAGGUAUUACGAAAGACGGCAGAUUCGUCCCAGGAGCGGGUGCUACGGAAAUCGAACUCGCUGCACAGCUGGCAGCGUAUGCGGAUACGCUACCCGGUCUCCAGCAGUAUGCCGCGCACAAAUUCGCCACUGCUUUGGAGGUAUUUCCGAAAACAUUGGCCGAAAGCAGCGGUGUUCGCGCGUCCGAACUUGUAUCGAAGCUUUACGCUGCGCAUAAGGAAGGAAAGAAAAACUAUGGUUUUGACAUCGAUAGUGAAAGCGCAGCUUUGGUUGAUACUGUCAAGGUGGGAAUUUUGGAUUUGUAUCUAACAAAGCAAUGGGCGAUCAAAUACGCGGUUGGUGCAGCAUGUACGGUUCUCAAAGUGGAUCAAAUUAUUAUGGCAAAACGAGCGGGUGGUCCAAAAGUUCCAGCGGGAGGCGCUCGAGGCGAUGAAGACGAUUAAGAGAGCAAGACCACAAAUUUUCACAUUUAAUUUAAAACAUUACUUGUGUUUCUAAGUUUUUGGGGACCUUAUUGAAAUAGAGCAAAUAUAAGUAAAUGCCAUGUUCAUGCUUAAUUCUUUUGAGGUUUAAUUAGAAAGAAAAGGAAUAUACUUUCUAACUUGUCUAUUUCUACAAAUGGAAAAUAAUUUCUACAAUUUUAUAUUUUUAUCUAGUAUAUCCGUCGAACUUCAAAUUGCAUUAAUUCUUCUGUAAUAUUAAUGUUGAAUUCAACAAAUAUAUUGGAUAUUAAAAAACAUAUAUUAAAUAAACUUGUUAAAUGUA